UGUCUUUGACUAGUUCUUUUCAGCCAGGUUAGUUUAUGAUUUAGAUUAUUUUUGUUGUAUUUUAAUUUAUAUUUUUCACAUUUCUUCAAUUUUUACAACAAUGAAUCAGUGUUUAUGAUAGAGAACUUGUAAAUUUUUACGCAAUUGAUUCACCCUACACAAAGAAGUAGGGCCAUAUUGACAGAUUAGAUAAGUUUACACCAUACUUACAAGGCCCAUAAGAAUGGAGGGUGAAAGCCAUUCAAUGCGAUUAUGUUCAUCGGGAUGUGGUUUCUUUGGAAGCCCAGCUACAGAUGGAAUGUGUUCCAAGUGCUUUAAGGAUUCAUUGAAGAAGAAACAGCAGUCACCAGAUGUAAAUGUAUCAUCCUCACCAUCUCCUGCUCCAAACUCAAGUUUAACAGACACUGGCAAGGAGCCUACCCCUAAGACGCCUACUAAAUCUACAAUAGAUUCUUCUAUUUCCAAAGAUACCGAGGAAGGUGCUACAGCUGGCACCUCAAUGGCCCUCAGCAGUGAAGAGGCUGGCGGAAGUAAUGAAAACAAAAGUGACUCGGAAGUAUUGAAGAAGAAAAACCGUUGUGCCCUGUGCCGUAAAAAGGUAGGACUUACAGGCUUUGACUGUCGUUGUGGUGGUCUAUAUUGUUCAGCACACCGCUAUUCCGAUAAACAUGAUUGCAAAUUUGACUACCGUGAGCUUGGAGUACAAGAAAUUCGCCGCAAAAAUCCAGUUGUUACCGGACAAAAGAUCCAAAAGAUUUGAAACAAUUUCCACAAAUCCACAAGGUGUUGUAUAUAGGCCUAAAUGUUGAUUUUAAAGACUCUUUUUGUUACUACGGGUACCUAUUCAUAUUAUAACCGACUUGGAACUUUAAUAGAGUUUUUUGAUUCACUAAGUGUCUAUAUGGACUCUUUUAUAUUGAUUGUAAAUUAGUUCUAGAUUAAUGUGGUCAUAACCAAGAUUAUUCAUCAUUAAAUCUGGUUGAUGACUUCCCUAGUGCGGUAACAUGUGUUAGAACCGAUAGACCAAACUUAAGUUAGGCUACAUCAUGUUACUCUCAGUCGCAAUAGACAUUUUAAUCUUACUUGAAGAUUUUUCCUUUGUAAAUAAUUUGUACCUAGCCAAUAAUGUUUUUUGAGUUCUUAAGUUGAAGCUAACUUAUAGGACCCUAGCCUAGUUUUCUGUGCUAUCACACAAUAAUCACUUGUCAAAUUUGCAUUAGGCCCUAACUUACUACCGUACACCAAAGCCUAAUGUGGUUUAUGAUCGAUGUAAAUUUUAACUUGUACCAGAGACCCAGUUUUCCGUUGGAUUAUCAUUUUUUUACUGUAACCGAUGACUCAACGCAAAUCUAAGUAAGUUAUGAAACCUUCUCUCAAGUAAUAGAUUCACUAGCUUAAAUUAUGUUUGAUGUUCAUUUCAACUCUGGUUUAAAUUUUACGUUGUGGCCAACAAAUAAUUUGCAAUAGCCUAGAUUGAGUGGUUACAGUGCAGGGUACAAUGCUUACUGGUACCGACACAGGUAAAAUAAUUGUAAAGUACACAUUUCAUUAAUGUUAGUAAGACGAAGACUUGUAACUUACCUAAUAAUAUGUUUUUUUACAUUAUUUUUUUGUUAUUUGAAUGAAAUUGUAAUUAUAAUCAAAGGAUUUUUGUACAUAGGUAGUAAUCCACAAAAAAAUAAGUUAAACAUUUUUUUCAAUAUUUGGCAACUCCAUAAGUUAAUAGUAAAUGUUUGUUUUGAGUGUUUUAAGGCCUAUAUAGACUAGUGUGGUCAUAUUUUGCAGUUUAAGACAUAUAUACUUAUUUUUUUAUCAUUGUUUAUAAUUUUUAUUUUAGUUGACAGAACAUUGAGUUAAGGUGUUACCAUAUUCUUCUUAUUUGUUCGUUGGCCUUGCCUGGAGAGUGUUUGGCAAUUUGUUGUUUAUUUACUUAGAAUAAAUUGAUAUG